GUGCAACACUACAGAGACAUUGAACUUCACGUUCAUGUAUUUAAGGUUUUGAUUGGGAUAGGCCGACGAAACACCACCAGCAACAUAAGAUGGAAGAGUCAGCACCAAACUCAAGGCAUGAAAGCAGUAGGCUCAAAUCGGACGAGCAGACGACGUCGAAUUCGAAAGAAAUUGUGACGUCCUGUGGAUGGUGUGAUUGGCGCCCUCGAUGGCUUCAACGAUUUAACUCUCAACGUUGGCUUCUGGCUUCAUUGAGUGGAGCCGCUUUCAUGACGCUCAUGAUCGAGGAUGGGUUUACAAAUAGUGCGAUCACGUCUAUCGAAAGAAGGUUCCAGCUGCGCAGUAGAGAUAUUGGUACUUUAUUGAGCAUCUAUGAAUUCACCGUCAUCAUCUCGAUGAUACCAGUUACAUACUUCGGUGGGCGUGGCAAUAAGCCACGUUGGAUUUCGAUUGGUUGCUUUCUAGUGGGCAUGGCUUCACUGCUUUUUGCCCUGCCCCAUUUUACGACAGAAAGAUACGCCUAUUUUGUCGAAAAAGUCGCCGGACAAACGACGUGCCAACUCCCACAGGCGAAUAGUACGUCAACAUCUUCGCCUGAUGGUUGUCAACGGAGCGGAAAGAGCAGUUUGUCAUUAUCAAAAUAUAUCAUUCUCUUUGGAGCAGCCAAAGUUAUAGCGGGAAUAGGGGCAACACCUCCGGGUAGCCUCGGGGUUGUGUUCCUCGAUGAGAGCAUCACGACCAAACAGAAUGGAAUGUACUUAAGUACAUGUUUCACCAUGGCAACCUUUGGAACUGCAAUCGGAUAUCUUCUAGCUGGCUUCUUCCUCAACAUCUAUACAGAUAUUGAAAUGCCGCCCGGAGUGUCUGUAUCUCCAUCAGAUCCUGGUUGGGUGGGUGCUUGGUGGUUAGGCUUCAUCGUGGCCGGGUUAGUCAUCAUCAUACUCUCUAUACCCAUCGGACUCUUCCCUAGGGAAUUACCAAAAACUGCUAAAAUCCGAACUGAGAAGCCUGUGGAGUCUCACAAGAACUCUGGCCUACACAAAGGUGGGCACCCAGGACAGUCCAGCAGCGAGUCGUCUCGUCUAGUCCAGGAGAUCAAGGGUGUGUUGAAGAUUCUGAAACACCUGGCUAUCAACCCUACCUAUGUCUUCACUGUAUGUUCGACCGUCCCCGAUAUCCUCCUCAUCAACUCCUUUGCCGCUUUCUUGCCUAAACUCCUCGAGAAUCAAUUCAUGGUGACAUCGAGCAUGGCUACCAUCAUUACAGGUAUCGCAGUGAUCCCCGGAUCUGUCUUAGGGACGUUUCUAGGAGGAUGGGUGAUGAAGCGAUGGAAACUGAAGGUCCCGGGUCUUAUCAAGCUUGCCAUCGUAGGGAGCACCAUCGAAACCAUCGCAUUCCUUGGUGUUUUCAUGCAUUGUCCGCAGGCUCGGAUAGCAGGGGUGACAACCGCGUACAGCAAUGGAUCUAGUCUUCUCGACUUGACGUCCCCAUGCAACCAAGCCUGUUCCUGUUCUGUCGAUAAGUUUAAGCCAGUGUGUAUGGAAGAAACCGGCCUCAGCUUCUUUAGCCCCUGUCACGCGGGAUGCAGCCAAGAUCUUGGGAAUGGUACGUUUGCUGGUUGCGUCUGUUCUCCAAUGGCUAGCUCUGGAAUGUUGGGUACUGUUCACCACGGGAAAUGCUCCACACCAUGUAAUCUCUUACCUGCAUUCAUUGUUAUAAUGAAUAUAGUAUUAGUCGCCAUAUUCAUGGGUAAAGUGCCUCUGAUGAACAUAGUUUUCAGGUGUGUUGCCGAGCAUGAACGACCAGUAGCUCUAGGAAUGAAUUCUGUUGUGGCCAGAACACUUGGCGUCAUUCCAGGCAACAUUUUGUUCGGUGUCAUCAUUGACAGUACAUGUGUACAAUGGCAAGAAACGUGUGGUGAACGAGGUGCAUGCUGGCUGUACGACAACAAAAGCCUGUCCUGGAAACUAGCAAUACUUGCGCUUGUUUGCAAUCUUCUAACGGUGCUCUUCUAUUCGCUGGCGCUUCGGUUUUACGAACCGGCUGCACACAAUGAUUCGGAUACGGAUAAGCCGGAUGUGCCUGAAAUCGAACCGAGCCUUGAUCAUGAAAACAGUAUUUGAAUGAAGUGAAAUUUUUACUAUUUUAUAUCAAUGUAACUUGAUUGAAAAUUUCGAUGCCUUUUUUAUAUAUAUACUUUUAUCAACAUUGAUUUUGUGGACAAGCUCUUGCCAAAAGGUGUGGACUUUAUUCAAGCCAAGUGAUACGUUUUCAUUGUUCUGAUAAAUGUCAAUCAGUACACCAUAGAUUGAUGCCAAAAAGAUUUUAACUUAUAUGGCCCUUUUUGGUCGGAUGUUUUAAAGAAAAUCAAAUAUAAUCUUUCGUUAUCUUUGUAUAAUACUAAUUCUGAUAAUUGCGAGUGAUAAACAAAUAUGAGAGCAAAUUAUGUCGCGCACUCACUUUCAUAUUUCAUUAUGCUGAACAUAGAAAUUUCCGAUUCUUGGAGAUGUGACAAAUUAAAAUGGAAUCUUUUGAUCAAAUCACAAUAGGUUACGACGCCAGGAAAUUGCAUCUGUGCUCAAAGGAACCAAAUCAUACGUCUCAUUAUAAUGAGGAAAGAAUAAAACUCGCCCAAAGAAUAGUGGCUUGGGUGUUCCCUCAUUUGCAUGCCUACCUGUUUUUGUUUGCAUCAGAUUUAUCUGAAAUUUCGUUGUUUGGCUUGUUUAAUUUUGUUCAUAUAUAUAUAUAUAUAUAUAUAUAUAUAUAUAUAUAUUCAAAUCAGCAUCAUAGGGUGGGUUUGCCAUUUAAUGAAUCAUAAUUUUAGCAUAUUUAUCUGAUAUUGCUCAAACUUCACUUAUCUCACUUUAAUCUCGUUUUUUUUUCUCUUUCCUUUUUUUUUUUUACUUUACAUUCAAUUGAUUAAUGCUCAAAGUUUCACUAUGUUGUAUUUGUCUUUUUGUUUGUACUGUUUAUACGAAUGUUUUUAAUAGAUAUUGCUUAUAUAAGGGGCACUGAAUUAAGCAACAAAGAAGGAGCGUGUAUCGCUCAAAUGCUACAGUCAUACCAAAUUAACCGACUCAAGACUGAUCACAGUUAUUACGUUAUCACCAAUGACAUAAUAUCGAUCGGUUUGGAUUCAGUUUCGUAGGCCUUACUGCAGCGUGAUAUUGUUAUAAACUUAAAGAGUAUGGAAGGUAAUUACGACAAAUGGUGGGAUUUUUAAAUAAAGUGAUAUAGGAAUUUAUAUGUAACGACAAUACUUAUUCGCCAACGUGGUGUCAUUCAUGAAAUUUUGCAAGUCGUCAACUGUUUAUUUAUACCUCUUUAAAAUUCGAUAAAUUGCAAAUAAAGCUCAUGCAUGACCCCAAUUUUCGAGAAAAACACUACGCCCUAUAGGACGAAUAAUCAUUGAUUGACCUUAACAAAAUAUAUGUAUAUAUCGAGAGAAUUGCCAAUGAUAAUGUGCCUUUUAUGAUAUUUGUUUAAUUUCUUUUAUUCGUCACACUACUUCCACUAUGUUAGCGUUCCAUCAUCAUAAUAUGUAUUGGCCAAAGUCAGGGUUAUUAUAUCCAAGUCCUUUGGAAGCGCAUAUAGGGACGUUAUAUCAUAAUGUAAUAUGCACAAUGAAAGAACUGUUAUUAUUAUUAUUAUUAUUAUUAUUACAUGUAUUAUUAUCAUACUUCUUCUUAAUAUUAUAUUUGUUAUUAUUGUCUUAAAGUAUUGUGGAUUGUCUUUCUGAGAAAUGGCAGGGGCCCGUCUUUAAAAGAGUCGCGAUUGAGCCGAUCAGUUGCAACUAUGGAAAGCCAGCAAGGUCAGCAUCUAAAAUACACGUGACUGUGUUCAAAAUAUUUUCUAGAAAUGACGUAUGUAUAUUCAUACAGUAACAGUGUUUACUUGACAAUUCAGUAUGCUUCUCUUUGUUUUUCAAAGGACAUUGGGCAAAUUUCCCAAAGAAAAAUAUAUAACGUUGAUGGAUUUCCAUAUACUUGAGAUUAAUCAUAUCAAUCGUAACUCUUUGUAAGACGGGGUCCUAGUGCUAUAAUGAUAAAACGAUGUGAUAUUUGUUCUUUAUACUUGUUAUCAGGGAAAUAUAUCACUUCACUUUUAAUGGAAAAA